CGCCCCCCGGAUCUCACGACGUCACCGGGGCUCCCCUCCGUGUCCGUCCGUCCGUCCGUUCCCAGGCCAUCGUCCGUCGCCCCGAGCUCACUCCAUCCCUUGCCGGCUGCCGCUGCUCCACCGUCCCCAGUCCCCAUCUGCCGCCAGCUCCCUCCUGGCUCCUCGCCUCCAACGCAGGGAAGAGUCGCGCCGUCGCGCCGGGAAGCAGCGCCGCCCCCCUCCCCCAUCCGCCGACCGCCGUGAAGCAGGGCCGAUCCUCUCCACCUGCCUGUACGAAGAGCCGGCGCCGCCCCUCCCAAAGAUAUUAUUAGGAUGGACGAAGUCACACAAGCUGUUGAAGAUCUGAAGAAAGAAUGGAGCCAAGCGGUUUCACAGCUUGAGGAGAGCAUUGCUGCAAUUGAGACAUGUGGAAAAACAGGGAAAGGAACAGAGGAAGCAACUUCUCUUCCAAGGUUGAAUGGUUCUGCACAGGAUGCUCUGCAGUUGCUCAAGUCACUGCAGUUCCGGCUUGAUCUUCUAGCUCAGCAGCUACCCACUUUUGAUGAAGUGCAGUCUGGGCAAGCAACCUUAGAGUCAUGGGAUGAACAAUACAAGAAGCUGCGUGCUAGCCUGAGGAAUGCUAACUUACAAGCGAAAGAGAACAUUAGAAAAGCUGCUCAGGAGGAGAGGGAGCUUCUUCUAGGGGGUGGAGAAGAGUCAACGAUCCGUAGGCGUAAUCUCCAGACAAAGGCUGGGAUGACCUCUGCUGCUGAAAGUAUCACCGAGAGCCUCCGACGGUCUCGCCAGAUGAUGGUUCAGGAAGUGGAAAGGAGUGCAAGUACCUUGGCAACAUUUGAUGAAUCAACAAGUGUUCUCCGGAAGGCUGAAGGUGAAUAUCAAGGACACCGCUCUUUGCUGAUGCGUACCCGUGGUUUGCUCUCCACGAUGCAACGGCAAGAUGUUCUUGAUAGGAUCAUCCUGACCAUCGGCUUUAUCAUUUUCUCCUUGGCGGUUCUUUAUGUUGUCUCAAGACGUAUUGGUCUGUUGACGCUGCAAAGGAAACUGGCCAACGCCAUCAGAUCCGGUUCAUUAUCAGCUGCGGACAUCGUAGCGAAAGCCCAACAUGUCCCUGCCCCAGCAAAUGUCCCUGCUCCCAUUUACGAUGAACUGUGAUUUAUUUUGUCUUCUGUUUUGUUAAGGUAAUAGUUUUGCAAGUUGCCAUUGAGAUUUUGUCUACAGUCCGCAGUGAACAUGUACCGACCUGUUAUCCAUUUGAAAUUGAAAUAUGUUUUGGUUACGGAGGUAUGCUAGUGAGUUUCGGAAGAUACUCUCCACUGGUGAGACCAGUUGCCUCACUUGAGAAGUA